AUGUUGAGUCACCUUUCGGCUGCUUUCGCACUGGUACCGCGCUGUCUUCGCAUUUCCUCGUCGCGGGGUCUAGCCCGAGCCCGCCUCGUCCUCGGGAGGAUGGACGCGGCCGUAGUGAGGUGCCUUCCCGGGGAGCCCAAGCUCACCAUAUCCUUCUCUCUGGACGGGAGCCACAAACACAUGCUGCGGGACCAGGACGAGGCACUGGGAACGGUGCUGGCUCGGAUCUCAAAGAACUUCGCCAAAAGCCAAGGAAAGGCCAAAAAGUCGAAGAAGAACCGGGGACAGCAGCCCUGCGAAGCCGCGGAGCCCGCUUCGGUGAAGCUGUUCGUCGGCGGUGCUGAGGUGGCCGACACGGUGCGGAACUCGGAGGCGUGGCAGGACGGGGCCGUGCUGCAGGUGGGGGACGCCAAGUACACGGUUCAGAGAAACGCUCCCACUUUCACCACCGCCGAGCUGCCGGUGUCCCUGAUGGCCGGCUUCCCCGUCUGCCCCAAACUGGAGGUGGAGUUUGGGAACCUCCGGGACAGCGAGUUCACGUGGUACAAGGAAACCGCACCGAGCCCCAGUGCUGAAGCUUCUGAUGGAGCUCCAGGUCCUGACUGUGGGUGGACGCCGGUCGGACGGGAGCGAGUCCACGUGCCGUCCAAUCAGGACAUCGGCUUCAGGCUCAAACUGAGCUGCACCCCCAGGGAAGGCGGUCGGAGCGGUCCGGCCAAAGAGCUGGUCUCUGUCCGAGCUGUGGAGGCGGGGCCGGGCGUGUGCACGUUCGACAACCGGCACGCGUACACCCUGAAGCAGGCCGAGUGGCCGGUGGUGCGGGUGGUGUCCUACAACGUCCUGGCAGACAUCUACGCCCAGACAGAGCUGUCCAAGACCGUGCUGUACCCGUACUGCGCCCCCUACGCCCUGGAGCUGGACUACAGGCAGAACCUGAUCAAGAAGGAGCUGGCCGGGUACAACGCCGACAUCAUCUGCCUGCAGGAGGUUGACAAAGGGGUGUUCACGGACAGCCUGAUUCCCGCGCUGGACGCCUUCGGUCUGGAUGGCGUUUUCAAAGUCAAAGACAAGCAGCACGAAGGACUGGCGACCUUCUAUCGCAGGUCAAAGUUUCGUCUGCUGAGCAGCCACGACAUCACCCUGAGCGAAGCCCUGAGCUCUGACCCCACCCACUCCCAGCUGCUGGAGAAAGUUUCUGCCAACGGCGGCCUGAAGGAGAAGAUCCUGCAUAGGUCCACGGCGCUGCAGGUGGCGGUGCUGGAGGACCUGCAGGGAGGCAGGAAGGUGUGCGUGGCCAACACUCACCUGUACUGGCACCCAAAAGGGGGGAACGUCCGAUUGGUCCAGAUGGGCGUGGCCCUGCAGCACCUGAGUCACGUGAUCAGUGAAGUUGCAGCCGGAGCCCCGCUGGUCUUCUGCGGAGACUUCAACUCCACCCCGAACUCUGGCGUGUUCCAGCUGCUGAGUGAGGCGGGGGUUCCUCUGCAGCACGCCGACUGGAGCAGCUCCGGCCCAGAGGAGGCCUGCAGCAUGGAGCUGACCUCCACCUUCCCCCCCCUGCUCAGCGCCUACGGCCAGCCCGCCUACACCAACUACGUGGGCGGAUUUCAUGGCUGCCUGGACUACAUCUUCAUCCAGCCGGGGAGCAUGCAGGUGGAGCAAGUGAUUCCUCUGCCCAGCCACCAGGAGGUCACCACCUACGAGGCGCUGCCCAGCGUGGCUCACCCCUCCGACCACAUCGCUCUGGUCUGCGACCUGCUCUGGAAACCCUGA